GCAACGGGCAAAGGAACACGUUCUAUUAUAGUCAGAAACUAGCUCGGCAAUAUGUCACAUCAAUCAGAAAUGCUGCAAAUGAGGACGAGCGACGGCGUCGUGUUCGAUGUGAGCCUCAAGGUGGCCCAGCAAAUGGGAUUGACACACAACUGGCUGCAGACGGAGCACGGUGAGCUCAGGAGCAGCGAUGAUGAUGAUGCCAAUAUCAUGCCACUGGACCGUGUCAGCUCGGAGAUAUUUAAGCUGGUGCUCAACUGGUGCGACGCCAUCCAGGCCAGCGGCCAGCCCGCCGAUCCGAAAAACAAACUGCAGCAGGAGCGCGCCAUAUUCAAGAGCAUUCUCGGCGAAUCGAAUCCCAGUGACUCGACCAUCUUUGAGCUAAUCAUGGCGGCCGACUACCUCAACAUCGAGGGACUGCUCGAGGCGGGCACCCAGCACGUGGCCGAUGUGAUCAAUGGCUGUGACAGCGUCGAGGCGAUUCGCGUGCGUUUCAAUAUUAAGUGCGAUGGCGAGAUGGACCACUAACUUUCUUUUCUAAGCACACAAAUGCACACAUGUGCACACACACACACUCAUACACACGAACACGCAAUGCAAAACGCGCUAGGUUCAAAUCGUUGAAAUUGUAUUAAAUCUAUAAGUACUCCAUAAGUCUUG